AUGUUGCCCCCUCCAGCCGGAAGCCCCAGCGCCAUAGUGUUGCUGGCUUUGGCCUCGUCCGUCCCAGUCCCAAGUGCGAGUCCCAGCCGAUGCGUGGUCAGAUUGGAUUGCGACAGCGCCGAUAGCGCCUUGAGCGCCCUGCCUGGCGAUGGUGCCGCCAUCUGUACCCACCACAUCCAUUCAUCCUCGGGCUUCCUGACUGCACUUGUGCUCUGA